AUGGAGAGCGGGGGGCGGAAGAGAAAACGGAAAGGGGAAGCGAGCGGCGCGGGGAGGAAGGGCCGGAGGGCGGGGGAGGCUGGGAGGGCGCGGCGGGGGCAGGGCGGGGAGGGACCACGUGCCCGGGAGCCGCCGGGAGGAAGCGAACGGGAAUUGGGCGACUUGGGGGGCGGCGGGGAGGGGAAGGGAGGCCCGGGAACGAGUUGGUUCGCUCCUGUUGCCGGGGCCGCUUCGGACCUCUGCGUGCGCCUUCUCUUCCAGGGCACGGCUCGCGCGCUCCGCUGGCUUUACAGGAAGUGCGAGCUGCGCCUCGGCCCAGUCUGGGUCGGGACACGCGCCCGCCGCCCCCCGCCCCCCGCCCCCCCGGGGUUCCCGCCGCGCGAGGCCCGGGCCGUGGGCUUGGGACGCGCAGGGGGGACGCGCGUUCGCGAGUCGCGGCGGGAAGCGAGAGGGACAGCGGGUGGGAAAGGGAAAGGACGCCUUAGGCGCAUCCGACCCGUCCAUCCCUGCACACCUGUCCCCGCAACAGGUAGGAGCUCGGGAAGCGCUGGUGACCCAGUGAUGCUACAGCCUCUUAAGCUGCAACUGAUUCUCUGCAGAAUACCCCCAAGAGAAGACUGUGAUCAGAGUUACCCACUGAGACAUGCAGCACAACCAGGAAAUAACCACAGAAUCUCCUGCCAAUACUUCCUCACCACCAAUAUGGAACCAGAAGUCGGCGUGCAAGAGAAGGGAUAGAGGUAGUCUACAUGAGUCAGCCUUCCAGCCUGUAGAAUAGAGCAGGAUGAAAAUGGGUGGGGACGUUUCUAGAGAGGCAAAGGAAAGAUAUUCCACAUAUUCUCUGAGAUUCUGAGGCUGGUCAGCCUUCCAUUUUCCCCCAUUCUCCCUUUCUGCAAAUGAGAAAGAACCAGCAGGAAUGAGCAGAAAAAUCCUACUUAGGAAAUUAUUUUCAUAACAGAACGUCACAUUGAAUAGAGUCAGCCUGGCUAUCCAUGAAUCUGUGGAUUAUACCUCUUUGGGAAAGUCUCCGGGCUUCUCCACUACCCAUACAUAAUAAGAAUGCUUUCUCCUGGGACAAUAUUUUAACAGUACAUUGUAUCUGGACAACUGUAUUCCACAUACCUUGGGGGCACAGACUGUGUCUUACUUGUCUUAUAUAUCCCCAGCAUCCAGCCGUGGCGUGGUGCAGUGUAAAUGUUGAAUGAAAGGAUGAAUGACACAUGAAUUUUUAAAUCAGAGAGACAAUGCUAAAAACUUAGGGAGGUUAACAGUAUCUUGAAUUUCUAUCAUUCUCCCACAGGGUGGCAGCAAUUACCGUGGUCCAAUUUUCUUAUGCGUGGCAUUUAGGUACCUAUCUUCAUCCUGUAUCUUAUGAAUAGAAUUAAUCUAUUUUAAAAAUCAUUAUAUCAAGGAGAGAAUAAUACCCUGAAGAGAAAAAAAAAACCCUAAUAUUUACUGUCACAAAGUAUUAGCUAUGGCAUCAUAAAUUUUACUUUAAAAGGCCUUUGGAAAAAAUGCAUGUUAGUAAAUUUCUGAAAGAAAUAAAAUCUGUCUGCUGUGCAAAUGGUGGAUAAACAAAUGAAUUAUCUCUGCCUCAUGUGGUACCUAACUCUUAUCCAUUCACCCCAAAUCACCAGGUUCCUC